GCUCGGCGAUGCCUGAGAGGAGCUGUGACCCCGCGGGCAGAGGGGCCCCGCUGGAGCAGCCUGGCCUGGCAGGACCGAGCCCGUGGCACAGUGACCCACGCUGCAGCACUUGGAGGGGGCUGUGGCCCAGGGGAUGGACUCGGCUCGGAGAAGUUCCUGGAGAAGUCUCGGCUGGGAGAGAGCGCAGGGUGCAGCAGGGAACGACUCCUGUCCCUGAGCAGAGGGAGAAGCCGCGGGGGAUGAGCUGAGCACGGCCCCAUUCCCUGUCUCCUGCCCUGCCGGGGGAGGAGGUGCAGCUGGGAGCAGGGAGGCGUGGGGAAAGCUGCAUUUAAGGCUCUGCACUGACUUCUCCUUAUCCUGCUCUGAGUCUUUGGAGUUUUCUGCCAGAAAUCUCUCCCCUCCCCCGCUCCCCCACAGGGCUUUGGGCAGGUUUCCCUUUUUGGGGGAAAUCCAAGCGAAGCACCGAUGCACUAAUGAGGGGCAGGAGAAGGGAGGCUCCCGGGCUUCCCGCAGAGCCGGAGGCACGGAAGGCGCAGGGCCGGGAAAGCCGUGGCGGGAGGUGCGGAGAAGUUUGUUUGUGUGGGCAGCUCAAUCCCGCCUCGGGCCCGGGCCCGUCCCGGGGCUGUUGCUCAUCUCCGGCUUUGCCCUCACGCAGCGCGGGGGGCCCUGAGAGCGCGGGGCGAGUCUGGGCCGUGCGCAGAGCCCGCCCCCAGCUCGCUGCCAUUGGCCGCUGGUGCCGUCAGUCGCGGUUGCGGCGCGCUGAUUGGUGGGAGCGGGGCGCAGCACGGCCCCGGCGGCGGGCUGAGGGCGGCCGUGGGCGGGCAGCGGCGCCAUUGGCGCCAGGAGGGUCUGUGCGGGCCCGGGAGCGGCGGCAGCGGCCGGAGCGCGGUGAGGCGGCGUCGGCGGAGCUCGGAGGCGGCCCCGGCGCAGGAUUUUUCAUUGCCAGAGUGUGGCUGGAUGGAGGAGGAAAAGCCCCGGAGAUCCCGCAGGAGGAGGAGCUGCAAACCCAGCCCAGGGAGCUGCGGGGAGGAAAGAGCCCCCCUGAGCCAGGAAGGCGGGCGGAGAUCCAGCCGGAGCUCGGAGCUGGUGGAGAAGCCUCAUGGCAGGGAGAAGCCCCACAAGUGCUUGGAAUGUGGGAAGGGUUUCAGCCGGAGCUACCACCUGAUCGAGCACCAGAGGAUCCACACUGGGGAGAGGCCCUAUGAGUGUGGAGAGUGUGGGAAGAGGUUUCAGACCAGCUCCCAUCUCCUCAGACAUGAGCGGAGUCACACAGAGGAGAGGCCCUUCCGCUGCCCCGACUGCGGGAAGGGCUUCAACCGCAGCUGCAGCCUCACCAAGCACCGGCACAUCCACACCGGGGACAUGCCCUACGAGUGUGGGUAGUGUGGGAAGGGUUUCAUAGACAGUUCUUGCCUGAUCAAGCACCAGGUGAUCCACACUGGGGAACGGCCCUACGAGUGCUUGGAAUGUGGGAAGAGCUUUGGGUGGAUCACCGCUCUGAGAAAACACCAGCGCAUCCACACUGGGGAGAGGCCCUACGAGUGUCCCCAGUGUGGGAAGAGGUUUCAGACCAGCUCCAGUGUCCUCCUGCAUGAGCGGAUUCACACAGAGGAGAGACCCUUCCGCUGCCCCGACUGCGGGAAGGGCUUCAAGUACAACUCCAACCUCACCGUGCACCGGCGCAUCCACACCGGGGAGAGGCCCUACAAGUGUGGGGAGUGUGGGAAGAGCUUCGCACAGAGCUCAAGCUUGACCCAACACCAACGGAGGCACCACUAAGGGAAGCCCUGUGAGUGCCCCGAGUCAGGGAAGAGCUUGGAGUGAGGGAAGAGAGUGAGGGAAGAGCUUGGAGUGAGGGAAGAGAGUGAGGGAAGAGCUUGGAGUGAGGGAAGAUUGUGAGGGAAGAGCUUGGAGUGAGGGAAGAGAGUGAGGGAAGAGCUUGGAGUGAGGGAAGAGAGUGAGGGAAGAGCUUGGUGUGCUGCUGCAGCUCCAUUCCCCAUGGGAGGAUCCGGGCUGGAUGAUCCCCAGUGACCCCCGUCGGGCAGAGCCCUGGUGCCCCCGUAUGGGGAAUAAAACAGAGAGUAAAGCAAUGGAGCUGAUAAAGGGGCCCGAUAUCUGAGGCCUGACUGAUCAGAAACUGUUGGAGACACAGACACGGUUUAAGUCUCCCUGGGCAAGAAGAGGGGACAGUGGGGGGUGGCAGGGGUGUGACAGAGGGGAUGAGGGGAUGACAAAGGGACAUAGGGGACAGCAGAGCCCUCCAGGGAGGGGACAAAGGGGACCCUGGGAGGACACUGGGGCUGCCACAGGAGGCCACAAGUGCCACCAGGUCCCUGACACCUCCCCUGUCCCCUCCCCAGGUGUCCCUGUACCAGCUGGAGUCACUGGUGAAUGUGGCGGCCACCCUGGGUGAGGUGGCAGCCACCGUGACCGGGUUACAGAGGGACGAGCAGCAGCUCAUGUCCCCAGAGUCUUUUAGGGUUAGUCCUUGUUCAAGGCGUGGUUUUGGCAGCUCAGUGCCCAAACCCAUCCGGACGUCCGUAAUCCCUCGCUGUUUUCUUGUCCUGUCACUGUCCUGAGCCGCAUUGGCCACAUUGUUCUUGCUCUGAUUUUAUUGCUGUUUUUUAAUAACUGUUUUAUUACUAAUAAACUUGUACAAUUUUAAAAACUAACUGACUGGCAUUUGCCACAGGGCCCAAAAACAUCCGGAUGUCCGAAAUUCUUCGCUUUUUAUUGUCUUGUCAUCAUCGUGACCCUCAUUGUCCAGAUUCUUAUUGCUCCAAUUUCAGUGCUAUUUUUAUAACUAUUUUAUUACUAAUUAACUUUUGAAUCAGUAAUUUUUUAACAUUUUAAAAACCAGCAUGUGGCGUUUUUCACAGUUCCCAAGAACUCCUCGCUGUCCAAAAUUCUUCAUUUUUUAUCAUCUCAUGGUGUCCUCAUCCUCAUUGUCCACAUUUUUAUCACUCUGAUUUUUUUUGUUAUUAUUAAUUUUAUUUCUUAAUCACUAUUUUAUUAGUAAUAAACUUUUAAAAUUUAAAAAACAACAGAUUGUUAUUUUCCUCAGUGCCCAAAAACUCCUGGAUGUCCGAAAUUCUUUAUUUUUUAUCAUCUCGUGGUACCUGACCCUCGCUGUCCACAUUUUUAUUACUCUGAUUUUAUUUUUAAAUUUUAUUUUACUAUUAUUUUAAUAUUUUUCUUCUUCUUUUAUUUUUAUUUUUUAUAUUUUUUAGUUACUACUUUAUUACUAAUAAAUUUUUAAAAUUUCAGAAACAAUUGAUCAGUGUUUUCACAGUGCCCAAAAACUCCUGGAUGUCCGAAAUUCUUCAUUUUGUAUUGUCCAAAUUUUUAUUACUCUUAUUUUAUUGCUAUUUUUAUAACUAUUCUAUUACU